AUGGCAGGCUCAGCGUUGGCAAUUCGGGAUCGGCUCAGUGUCUGGGGCAUGAGGGUCCUACAUACCCGAGACUUUGGCUUGGACUCGUCGGAGAGCAUGGACACUGGUGCUGGCUCCAUCGGAGAAGCCGGUGGGGCCUUCGGAAAGAGAGAGAAGGCCGAAGAGGAUCGCUGCUUCCGAGUGAAAACUAAAGAACAACUAGCUGCCUUGAAGAAACACCGUGAAGAUGAGAUCCAGCCCCACGAGCAGGAGAUGGAGCGUCUUGCAGAAGCAAAUUGA